AUGAUGUCCUGCAGGAUGUUCCAGCAGAGGGAGGAGCCUCGUUUCACCAUCGAGCAGAUCGACCUCCUCCAGAGGCUUCGGAAGACGGGAAUCACCCACGCCGAGGUCCUGCACGCCCUGGACACCCUGGAGCAUCUGGACCGGCAGCAUGGCCAAAAGCGGACCCACAAACCCGCCUACCUGCCCCCCUCGUCUUCCUUGACCUCCUCCAACACAGUGUCUGCCUCUUCAUCCAUGACUUCCGCCUCCACUCAGACAAGCUUCCCCGACAACCGAAUCUCCCUCUCGCCGAGUAACAACUUCGACACCACCUCUCCGCCUCUGCCGGUCCCGGUGGCCUCCCCGCUUCCGAUGGCAGCAGUUGCGCAGAACGGUCUGGUUUCCGUCACCAACGGGAAGCUGUCGCCGCCCCGGUUUCCCAUCGGUGUGGUCGGCGGCACGGUGACCGGAGCAGGUUACGGGUUUGAGGCCACUGAAGAGGACAUAGAUGUUGACGAUAAGGUUGAGGAUUUGAUGAGGAGAGACAGCGCAUUGAUCAAAGAGGAGAUCAAGUCCUUUCUGGCCAACAGACGGAUCUCCCAGGCUGUGGUGGCUCAGGUAACAGGAAUCAGCCAGAGCCGGAUCUCGCACUGGCUCCUCCAGCAGGGAUCGGACCUCAGCGAGCAGAAGAAACGGGCCUUCUUCCGAUGGUACCAGUUGGAAAAGAACAACCCCGGUGCCACUCUGGCCAUGCGCGCCACCCCUCUGGCCCUGGAGGACGUGAUGGACUGGCACCAAACCCCGCCUGCUUUCGGCUCGCCCCCCGGGGGCUUCCGUCUGAGGCGGGGGAGCAGGUUCACCUGGAGGAAGGAGUGUCUGGCUGUCAUGGAGAGCUACUUCAGCGAUAACCAGUAUCCCGACGAAGCCAAAAGAGAAGAGAUCGCCACCGCCUGCAACGCCGUCAUUCAGAAACCAGGUAAGAAGCUGUCUGAUUUGGAGAGGGUUACGUCUCUGAAGGUCUACAACUGGUUCGCCAACCGUCGCAAGGACAUCAAGAGGCGCGCCAACAUAGAAGCAGCCAUCUUGGAAAGCCAUGGGAUCGAGGUCCAGAGUCCCGGAGGUCAGUCCAACAGCGACGAGGUGGACGGAAACGACUUCCCCGAUCAGGGUUGCGAGGUGUCCUUGUUUGACAAGAGAGCUUCAGCCAGGCAGUUUGUGUUCAGCCGAGCAGACCUGUCCUCUCCCACCCAGGUCCCCACACUGCUGCCCAGCUGGUUUUCUGCCCUGGCCAGAGGGGGCGCGUCCGGGCAGAGGGGCACCUCUCUGAUUGGCCGCUCCCUGGCAGCGGGGGCAGGCCCCCAGGCGGAAGGCUCCAGACUGACCGGCGUGUCCUGGUCCCCCCCCUCGCCGUCCCUCCAGGAUGAGCCGAGCGUCCACAGCGCGCUGUCGGAGCCCCAGGACGCGGUCAGCCUGGAGAAGACGGCAGGGAGCCGCGGCAGCCUGGCCUCGGCCAAUCAGGCGGAAGAGGCGGGCUGCAGCCUGGGGAGCGAGAUCAAGACGGAGAGCCUGGAGGACGACUGA